AGUAACGUUGUUGAAUUCGUUUCAUUUCAACAGCAGGCAGCCGAAGCAAGGCUUGGCAGAAUGGUCGGCUGCCUUGAUUACAAUUAAUUUGUCAUUAUACAUUUAAUUAACCAUCAACGCCAUCCAAACAUAACUGUGCGUUUGAUACAUGUAUCUUUUGUUUUGGCGUCAAGAAGAGUGCACGAGAAAGAAAAAGCGCCUUGUUCUGGAGUCUGACCGGUGUAACGACACAGAUGGGACUGCACCAUAUAACAAGCAACGACGUUUCCCAUUUAAAGUUUUGGAUGAAUGCUUCAACAUAAGAAUUGUAACUGAGUUCACACGAAUAAGGGACGUGUUUCAUAUUAUUUUAUUGACACGUUUCGGGUCAAUGUGUUUUCCCAAGUGAAAACAUGGCUAGUUAGCUUCAGGUAGCUAACUCGCUAAAAGGCUAACUGCAUCAGUCUGGAGCAGGGUUGAGAUGUUCGUCUAAAUUUGGACCGAAGCUAGCUAAUCCAGGUAGCUAGCUAGCCACUGACAACGUUUCUGUGACAAGCUGUCAAACCCAUUGUAUGUGGGAUUCUUUUUAUCUGGUGAUUAUUGAUUGUGCGUGUUGGGAAAACUUGCAGAUCGAAACUUUGAUCACAUUUGCUGGCGGAGUUGUGGAAACCAAUGUUUCAUUGACAUCGCAAAGUUAGCCUGCUCGCUACCAAACGUGACUACUAUCCUCGACCAGUCAAUGGAAUUCCGAAUGAGUCAUUUCGGGUGUUGUCCUCCAAAAUUCGAAAAGCAGGAGGACAGCUUCUAGAAUCCUACAAAAGCUGAUUUCUCAUCCCGCUACACCUGGGAUGAGACCUAUAUCGAAAGGAAUAAAAUCUGAAUGUUUCCAAACAUGGGGUCUUUAAAAGCACUUCAAGAAUGGUGUCGGAUACAAUGCGAGAGUUACAACGAUGUAGACAUCAAGAACAUGUCAUCGUCUUUCCGGGAUGGCUUGGCAUUUUGUGCCAUAAUCCACCGAUAUAGACCGGAUUUGAUAGACUUUGACUCCCUCUCCAAAGAGAAUGUCUACGAGAACAACCGUCUGGCGUUUGAGGUGGCGGAGGAGGAGCUGGGAAUCCCUGCUCUGCUGGACCCAGAGGACAUGGUGUCCAUGAAAGUGCCAGACAGGCUGAGCAUCAUCACCUAUGUAUCCCAGUACUACAACUUCUUCACCAACAAGUCCCAUGCCAACCCCCCCUGCUUGAAGAGGUCCAGUGGUACAGGCCACAUUGAGCCGGCCCAGAAGAGACCGGUGGCCCCCCUGGAAGACAAAGUGGUUGAGCCCGAGCUGAGCCUACCUGGUCCGAUGGGUACGGACGGAGGGGUACAGGCGGGGGUGAAGCGUAGCACCCUCAGCAGCAGCUGCGCCGCCUGCCAGAGGCACGUCCACUUGGUGCAGAGGUUCCUGGUCGACGGCAAGCUCUACCACCGCAACUGUUUCAGGUGUAGGGAGUGUAGCAGCACUCUGCUGCCUGGGUCCUACAAGCUAGGAAACGAGGUCGGCUCCCUGGUCUGCACGCAUCACUUUGCCAGGUCUGCCUUAGCCAAUCAGAACGGCCGACCGGACCUAAGCAAGCGACCGACAAUGGUUCCAUCCGUCAGGAUUGGUCGACCCAUACUGCCUCAAACUUCUCCUCCUUCUGGGAGGGACCAGGCGGCAAAGACUCCGCCACCAAAAGAGACUCCGCUCCAAGAGACUCCGCUCCAAGAGACGCCACCAAAAGAGACUCCGCCCCAAGAGACUCCGCCCCAAGAGACACCACCAAAAGAGACUCCGCCCCAAGAGACGCCACCAAAAGAGACUCCGCCCCAAGAGACGCCACCAAAAGAGACUCCGCCCCAAGAGACGCCACCAAAAGAGACUCCGCCCCAAGAGAUGCCAUCAAAAGAGACUCCGCCCCAUGAGACGCCACCAAAAGAGACACCGCCCCAUGAGACACCACAAAAAGAGACACCGCCACAAAAUGAGACACCACAAAAUGAGACGCCACAAAAAGACACUCCGCCACAAAAUGAGACGCCACAAAAUGAGACGCCACAAAAUGAGACGCCAACAAAAGACUCUCCGCCACAAAAUGAGAUGCCAACAAAAGACACUCCGCCACAAAAAGAGACUCCACAAAAAGAGACUCCUCCCCAAGAGGGCGUCACCAAUGAGGAUUACACCCCCACACCAACCAAUGACUCUGACUCUACACCAUGUCCUAUCUCAACGACAAAAACAGACUCUUUGAAAACAGAGAACGAGAGGGAAGACGGUGCAGGGGAAAGAGAGGUCAAACCUCCACCCUCCGUUCCUCCCAACCCUUUCGAUGACAUCGAGGAGGAGGGGGAGGAGACUCCGACAACAGCCAAAGUCACAGCCAAGGGGGUUAUCCCUUCUACACCUGUCAGUCAUCUAGGACUAGGGGACAGUAAGCCAGUCCCCAUCCCUCGCCGCUUGUCACAGCCCUCCCCUCCACCUCGUCCCGCCCCCAGGGUCCGCCCACCCUGUGUUGACAACCUUGCGGUCAAUGGUGAUCGUGGUGAACACAGGAGAUGUCUUCCUCCAGCUCCCAGACCUCGAGAAAGAUCCCACUCCCCUGGAAGCUCCAGUCUCUCCAGCGACGCCCCCAAACCCCCUAACCCGCCCUGGCUGGCCCUCGUUCAAUCCCAAGAACCCAAGAAGAAACCAGCACCUCCCCCUCCCCCUGGAGUGGCCACACCCCCACACACUGGUUCAUUAUCUUCUCUAAAAGGGGAGGGCUCCAGACCACCCACGCCCCCUGUACCCGCCAACCCCUUCGAUGAGGAAGAAGAGGAGGUGGGGUCAGGGCAGGGGUCAGUAGGAAGUUUGGUUUCUCCCACUGUGGUGGUGAGUCAUCCGUGGUACAGCAUCUCCCAGGCUGACCCAGACACGCCCCCCAUUGGGGGUAUUUCCUCCCGCUCUGCAAGCCCCAAUGGCUUCAGGUGCAAGAAACGCCCGGCGCCCCCAAAGCCUGUUCCAAAGGCCCCCGGCUCUAACUCAGCCCUUCCUCACUCCCAGCCGUCCUCUUCCUCUCCCUCUCCAGCUAUUAGCAUAGAGAGCCUAUCCUCUGCCUCCGACCAUAGCUCCUCCCACCCAGCUUCCCUAGGGGGUGGGGCCACAGGCGAUCAGGACAACCCUUUCACCAAGAGCGUAUCAGAGCCCUCCAUCUGUGGGCCCUGUGGUGGUUUCACCCCCACCCCCUCCACCUCAGCCAAUCGCCUCUCUCCGAGCCCCUCCCCUCCUCCCCAGCCAGCCAAUCCUCGCUCUGCUCCGGCCACUCCGCAGAGCAAUCGGAGCGCCAGGCCCCCGCCCCCAAGACCUCCAACGACACCCAGCCCCCUGGCAGCAUCAAGUGCUAUCCCAGUUCCACCCCCCAAGCGGACUUGUAAGGAAAACCCUUUCAACAGGAAAGCCUCUCCCUCCCCCAAAACCAGACCCCCUAGAGGCCCUCGCCCCGCCCGGCCCCCCGCCCCUGGACACGGCUUCCCCCUCAUCAAACGCAAGGUGCAGUCAGACCAGUACAUCCCAGCUGAGGACAUCCAUGGAGAGAUGGGAGAGCUGGAGAAACAGCUGGAUGAGCUGGAGCAGAGAGGAGUGGCUUUGGAGAGAAAACUACGCGAUAACCCCAAUGAUGAGGAGGAGGAGACUUUGCUGGUGGACUGGUUCACUCUGAUCCAUGAGAAACACCUGCUGGUGCGCCGCGAGGCUGAGCUGGUCUACACGGCCAAGCAGCAGAACCUGGAGGAGAGGCAGGCUGAUGUAGAGUAUGAGCUGAGAUGUCUUCUUAACAAGCCAGAGAAAGACUGGAAUGAGGAGGACAAGGGCAGGGAGCAGGAGCUGAUGACAGAGCUGGUCACCGUCAUCGAACAGCGGAACCAAAUCAUCAACAACAUGGAUCAGGACAGGCAGAGGGAAGAGGAAGAGGAUAAGCUGGUGGCGACCAUGUUAAAGAGAAAGGACUUCCAGAAGGAGCCAGCAGCAGAGGGCGAGCAACAGCAGCAACAGAAGAAGAAGAAGAAGUUCAAACCCAUGAAGGUUCUGAAGAGGUUGAGUGUGAACCAAGGAAAAGGUGGCAGCCCACGCAAGGAGAUGGCAGAGAAGGACAAGAGCUGAACAAGGGAGGUGGAUGAUGGAUGGAAGAAAAGGAAGAGGGAUACCAUCCUUUACAGGGGGACAUAUCAGAUGGAAAGAGCAAGGAAACGGCAGAUGAAAACAAAACACAGUGAGAAGGAAAAACAACCCAGGAUUCUCACAGCUAUGUGAAAGACUGUAAUGUGUGCAGCCUGCAAUUUGCUCCUCCUUCCUCUUACUGUAGCAUAUCCUUCUAAUCGCUCCUCCCUACCAGAGUAUGUGAGCAGAGUUAAGCGGUUGGAAAUCCGGCUCGUGCUGGCGAUCCACCUCUUUUUCAACUGCUCCGCUAAAAAACCCUUCUGCGCUCGCAGGGGGGAAAAAUGGCCGCUCCAAAUUCGCUCCAUUCAUUAAAAUCACAAUUUAACCAACACCCAUCUAUUUUUGUGACUACCUUGACUUACCAUUUGGUAUUCAAGUAAUUGAAUAAACAAAUACGUUGGAAUAUGCCAAGCCUAUUUUUUUUUUAGCAUGUGCAUAUGGUAAGUACACCAUCAUGCUUUGGGAUGCGUGUCUUUUCAGAUUCCACGAUUUGAUUCUUUAGUUGUGGACGCUACAUCGCCGCAAUCCCUCUCUUGCUCUUGGUCCUCAUCUUGUAAGUCACCGUGAUUUAGCACCUGUGUGUUUUAGCAGUUUCUUUAUGAAAAUAUUUAGUGAACUCCAUGACAGUAGCUAAAGUAAGGGGCUAUAGCAGCACACAAGUAGACUACAGAUGCAUGCUGGGCCGGGCAUGCCCUGAGCUGGUGAAGUGAGCGCUACUGGAACGAAAUUGGAGUGGGCGAGAAGGCCGACGCUCUAGCCUUUGAGAAUCUCGCUCCGAGGCUCCAGUCAAAUUGGGAUCGCUCCACUCCGCUCACAUACUCUGCUCCCUACCGUUGCUCCUCGCUCCACUCCGCUCACAUACUCUGCUCCCUACCGUAGCUCCUCGCUCCACUCCGCUCACAUACUCUGCUCCCUACCGUACCUCCUCGCUCCACUCCGCUCACAUACUCUGCUCCCUACCAUAGCUCCUCGCUCCACUCCGCUCACAAUCUCUGCUCCCUACCGUAGCUCCUCGCUCCACUCCGCUCACAUACUCUGCUCCCUACCGUAGCUCCUCGCUCCACUCCGCUCACAAUCUCUGCUCCCUACCGUAGCUCCUCGCUCCACUCCGCUCACAAUCUCUGCUCCCUACCGUAGCUCCUCGCUCCACUCCGCUCACAAUCUCUGCUCCCUACCGUAGCUCCUCGCUCCACUCCGCUCACAAUCUCUGCUCCCUACCGUAGCUCCUCGCUCCACUCUGCUCACAUACUCUGCUCCCUAUCGUAGCUCCUCGCUCCACUCCGCUCACAUACUCUGCUCCCUACUGUAGCUCCCAUGAUGCUCUUUCAAAUACAGCCACUCCAAUGCGUUCUGUACUGUGUAUAUAUUUGAAGUUGCCUUUGUGUGAAGAGAAAGUUAAGAGAACUCAACUGCUUUAAGACUAAAACCUUAAGAAACAUCUGAAGACUGAAUUGAAGAGGAGGUAUAUUUUCUGUAGCUUUGCGGUUCAGCGCAAAAUGUGGUUUCUUCUGUCCCUUUUCAUUAUUACUUUGCACAUUGUGACCCAGGCUUUUGAAAAAUGGGCUUUUAACAAAGAUAUAAAUACUAUGACUGCAGGUUUCUUACCAUUCAUCAGUCUCUUAUCAUGGUAGAAACUAAGGAAGAACACUCUCUCAUCUCCUGCUUAUUCAGUGGUCCUAAGGUUUCCCCUUUGUUCAUGGACGCUGCAUAUGUCUCAUUGUCUGUAGAUUGGAAACAGAACGAAGAGUUGUGUGUGUCAGUCGGUUGUCUGGUUUGAGUCUGUGGUACUUCUGAACUAUUGUGAAUCUUUUUUAAAAGAGGAACCCGUUGUUGUGAGUAAAUACUGCCAGUUAAGAUGGAGUAAUGACAACCCAAAUAAUUACUCUAGCUUUUAGCGGAAAGGUUAUUUCUUAACUAGCUACUUACCAUGUUUUCCAAAUCACUGACUAUUGUACUGUAGAUAUUAUGUUGGAUAAUCACGGGUCUGAGAAUGAGACAUAAGACAGACAGGUAAGAAAUAGUUAAGAUGGAAUGUAAGUAAUGACUUGAAACAAGGAAUGUAAAGCAGUGUAUUUGACUAACAUAGUUGUAUCAUGACAGGUCACUGACUUAAUAGUAUUACAGAAUCUGACCAGAUUUACAACCGAAACAAGUGUGAACAGUUCUGGGGGCUACAUUAUACAAUAAGGAUAUAUGCAGGCAGUGAGUGUACAAAAUUUUAAGAACACCUUUCUAAUAUUGAGUUGCACCCCCUUUUGCCCUCAGAACAGCCUCAAUUCGUUGGGGCAUGGACUCUACAAGGUGUCGAAAGCUUUCCACAGGGAUGCUGGCCCAUGUUGACUCCAAUGCUUCCCACAGUUGUGUUAAGUUGGUUGGAUGUCCUUUGGGUGGUGGACCGUUCUUGAUAAACACGGGAAACUGUUGAGCGUAAAAAGCCCAGCAGCGUUGCUGUUAACACAAACCGCCACUUAAAUAUUUUCUUGUCCGUUCCCUCUCUGAAUGGCACACAGACACAAUCCAUGUCUCAGUUGUUUCAAUGCUUAAAAAUCCGUAUUUAACCCGUCUCCUCCCCUUCAUUUACACUGAUUUGAAGUGGAUCUAACAAGUGUCAUCAAUAGGGGAUCUUAGCUUUCGCCUGGUCAGUCUAGGUCACGGAAAGAGCAUGUGUUCCUAAUGUUUUGUACACUCUGUGUAUAUAAAUUCCGUAGAUAUCUUUUUAACAAUGUAGCAAACUAUUAGUACCUACCAGUUGAUAUCAGUUUAACUGUUUUGGGAAAGUCUGCAAAAUAUGCAAAUCUUUUUAAUUUAUAUAUUUUACAAUGCCUUUGUUUGUAAACGCUGUCUAAUUCCAUUGAGUUUUGCCUUAACUUAGAAUCUGCCGUCAAAGUCAAUAGUACUAUGAGAUCCGUUUAUGUUAAGAGUGCCCUUAUUUAAAUGUAUUCGUCAAUAAGUCUCGUUUUUGUCCGGAGUUAAACUGAAUGUCUUGUUAUAUAUUGUCUAGUACACGAUCUUGUCUUCCAUUCAAAAUGGCUGCUUGUCUGUGUGUGUUUGUGCCUCUUCUUCCAAUUUAAAAACUCACACCAAGGGCUUCUGUAGAGCUAUGUUGAAACAUGCUCCUAAAGAAACAACAGGAUCGCAUUGAAAUCUGGGAGACUGAGAAAUAAAACAUAUUAAUGCCG